UAAACAUUAAAAAUGCUUGCUAGCAACGAAUUAGUGUUGGGAGAUUAGUAAACUUAAAUUAUGAUGUAGACCUAAAUAAAUUAAGUGUCCUUUUUGCUCAAAUUCAACAGUUUCAACUGUUACUUUUAAGAAUGGCUAUAUAAGCUAUAUUACGUGUUUUUUAGUUUUGCUGAUUUUUGGACUUAUGCCAAGUCUUUUACUAAUACCAGUCAUUAUGAUAAUCACAAGAACCUUAAUUCAUAAGUAAUUAUGAUAAAAUGAGCUUAGAUGUUCUGCAUGCAAUGAAGAAAUUGGUGGAGAUGGAAAAGUGUUUCAUGUACUAGGUGUGAAGGAUUCAGUAUGAGUAUUAAUAUAUUCUUAAAGAUGAUGUCAUUCAAAAUUGGAGAGUUCGGAGUUAUUUUGACUAAAAGAAUAGUUAUUGGCACUUUGUUAUUAAUCUUAACAUUAGGAGUUUUGUGGUAUAGAAUAAUUGAAAUGCCAACUUCAUAAUGGAUGGAUUAUCAUCAACAUUACAAUCCAAAUAUCACUAUUUCUGACACUUGGACUGAUUAUUUAGAGAAAUGUACAAAGGAGAAAAUAUUUCAAAAUCUGUAAAAUUAAUAAAUUUGUUAUUAAAAAUAUAUCGACAGAACAAUAGUAGAUUGGAAAGGUAAAAUUAAAUAUUAAGUACAUUUAGGAUACGCAAUAAGAGUUGAGGAUAACCAAUAAUCUUUAAUGAAGUUCUUGCAUCACUCUGUUAAUAUUUUGGUGAAAAUGGAUCCUGCCGAAAGUGAAUUUCAUCCUGAUUUGUUGUUGACUGCAGAUAGUGAAAUAGCAACUGAAUUGUGUAAUUUGAUUAUAGAUUCUUUUAGCUUCUGAGAUUGAGAAAUUGGAAAGAGGUAGUGAGUUUAGUUUCACUGCUAUAAUUAAGUCGAUUGGGGAUUACUAAAACAUAAGACAUUUUCAUCUCCUCAACAUAACUAAAUUAGAAGGUUACAUUGAAAUUCCACCUCAUCUUCAUUAAUAAAGUAGAUAUGGAAAUUCUUAACAAUUUCUUGCUUAAUCAACUGAUUGAAUAUAUGAGUAAUAAUAA